AUGAAACUGAUGCUGUUUAUUCUUCUUCUUCUGCAACUGACGACGACCGUGGUCGCCCUUCGGCAUUCAUUAUGUUCCACACCGACAUUGACCGUUCGCGGAGUGGACAUCGUAGCUGCUUCGAAGAACACCGUUCUGGUCGUCGGAUUCAUGCCACUUCAAUGCGCUUCGUGUCAUCGGCAACUCAAAAGGUUGUCGUAUAUGGCAACGAAUCAGAACGAUGUCCGUGUGGUCGUAUUAGCCCCAUCGUACGAGGCACCGGUGACUAUCUCACGGGUUCAAGCCGAGUUCCCUCGUCUUGUUAUCGAUCGUGACACUCACAAUGUAUGGAGACUGUAUGAGGCGGCCAACCAUGAUCAGAUGUUUUUUGACAAAUGUGGCCGUGUAACCCAGGUUAUUCAACACCCACGAAGCGAUAUGACCAACUAUCGGGACACUUUGUAUGCUGUUGACAGCGCUCGAACUCAAAGGACGUGUGGUCCAUGCAGUAACGGCGGCUCCCGUGAGCCCUUGACUUCACAUAAAACAAUCACGGUGAAGUCUGCCAAUGUUCAGCAACAGCAUGCCAGCUCAGGACGUUACGAAGAGCAUCAACGAGCCCGUCCAUCCUUCACCAUCCGAGCUAACUACAAUACGAGGGCUCCGCCCAUAACCAACAAUGGGCGAUCGACAUACACCCAACCGCCUCAAGUGAAUAAUCAAAACUACGGUGGUGCUCAGUACUAUCAAACGUCUACCUCAACGAGCACAGCGUAUCCACAAUGGAAUCGACAGGUACUAAUCAACAAUCAACAACAACAACAACAGCAACAACAACAACAACGAACUUCUUACGGAGCAUAUAACCCAAAUGUGAGUAGUUAUCAACCUCCUUCACGUGAAUAUCAGCAACGAACAAAUUUUGGCAGCUUCAAUCCCGCGAUCACUCCAGGACCAACACCAAUUACAUCGGCGUUCCAACGAUCACCUGGUUCACCUGCUUCUCCACAAACACAGCAAACGUACGGUCCUGACGAGGACUACGCCGAAGAUUUACUGCCACCUCAAAUGACAACCACUCCGGUCGUAGAGACUCAGAUACCUACACCGACAGCUUUUGAUCCACUGUGGCCAACACCGGCACCCGGUCAGUUCUUCGACGGUGAUCCGAGGAGCUCAAAGGUUAGCGAAAACCGUGAUGAUGGUUUACCGAUCAAUUUAGAUUAUUGA